AUGGCGAAUAAUUCGUUGUCGGUUGUGCCGCAUGAUGCUGCUAAAGCAGAUAAAUCAGAAGCAGCUGCCGUUCUGGUGGAUGCGCUCCCAUAUCUCGAUUCUGAUUACACGGAAACCGAUCGACAAAUGGCUAUGCAACUGAUCGAGGAGGAAUGCCGGGUGUUCCGACCCGUUAAAAAUUAUCUGCAAAACAUCCCGCCACCUGAUUUUGAC